AACUGGUCAGACACACGCGUCAGAAACAGGGCGAGACCUGAGGAUAAUUGGCCAUGCAGCGCCACGUCCGUGUCAAUAGGAUGAUUAGCGAUCAAGUGGAAAGUGGCAAGUGUGUUUAACUGUGUUUACUUUCUCUGUGGACUGGUGCUGUGUUUGUUUUACCCUCUCUCUCGCUCUCUCUCUCUAUCUCUCUCUCUCUCUCUCUCUCUCUCUCUCUCUGUCUGUCUGUCUGUCUCUCUCUCUCUCUCUCUGAGAUACGGAUACAUUUGUUUCCCUGCUCAUGAGCCGCUUGUCAGCCGCAGCGCACAGAGAGUCUCAGCUCCUCCAAAGAACAAAAUGACGCUGCUGGAUGAGCGGCUCUGGUCGCUCUUCAGGCGCAAUUGGCGGCAAACUCUCACCUACUGGAGUGUUUUCUUCAGCUUUGGCCUGUGCAUCGCUUUACUGGGCCCAACCAUCCUGGACCUGAGGUGUCAGACCCAGUCCAGCCUGCAGCAGAUCACCUGGGUCUUCUUCUCCCAGCAGUUCUUCCUGCUGGUGGGCAGCAGCGUGGGAGGACUUUUCAAGAAGACACUCCUGUCCUCCCUGUCAGCUCUGCUGUCCUGCACUUUCAUCAUCUCAGUCGUGUUUGCCAUCAUACCACUGUGUCACCAUGUGGUGCUGCUGUCCAUCGCCAUGGCAAUCGCUGGCAAAGCCAUGGGGUUAAUUGACACCAUCGCCAAUCUGCAGCUAGUGAAGCUGUACCAGAAGGACUCAGCCGUUUUUCUGCAGGCCCUGCAUUUCUUCAUAGGUCUGGGCGCGCUGGUCAGCCCCCUGGUGGCUGAACCUUUCUUGUCAGAAGACAGCUGCGUUGUAUUGUCCAACAGGACGACCAACUCCUCUUCUUCGCCUGACCUUGAGCACCUCCGCAGCAGCCUUGCUGGACAAGGAGCGGCAUUGCACAACAUGUCACAGUACCAUCUGUACACUGAAGGUGUCAUCAUCACAAGUGUGGCCUAUGCUUUCUGGAUUAUGGCUCUUAUCAAUCUCCCUGUGCCAGCAGCAGUGCUUGCACUCAUGUACCACGAGAGACUUCUGCCUUGCUGCAGGAAGAGUCCAUGUCUGCUAGAAAAGGACUCCCUGUCCAGCACGAGUCCUGCCGUGGAUCAUGUUGAAGGACACACGAGUGUGUUCGGUUGCUGUAACCCUGCCAAACUGCGGGGUCACCCUGCUACGUUCUUCAUCCUCCAUGCUCUAGGUGGAGCUAUCCUCUUCAUUACUGAUGGGAUCAUUGGUUCCUAUGCUGGUUUCAUCUACACCUAUGCAGUCUCGCCUCCCCUGCUCAUGGGUCACAAGGCUGCUGGCUGUUUGGACAGUGUAUUUUGGGCCGCCAUCACAUUAGGAAGGCUUGCUUUCAUCUACCUGUCCUGCAGAUACACGGCACCCAGGCUGCUCACCUUCAGUCUGGUGGGAGUCAUACUGGUGCAGUGUCUGUUGAUGAUCUUCUACACAAGCUCUGUGUUUCUCUUCUUCGGGACUUUUGUGUUGGGUCUGUGCAUUAGCAGUGUCUUUCCCUCCAUGGUCGCUUAUACAGAGGACUUACUGGACUACAAAGGUUGUGCCACAACUGUUCUGGUGACCAGUGCCAGCACGGGAGAAAUGAUGCUGCAGUUGAUUGUGGGAUCGGUGAUCCACAGUCACGGCAGUUACGCUUUCCUGUUGUGUUGUACAGUUGCCUCUUUCAUCGGUUUCUGCCUUCUCCUGCUGCUCAUAUUUGUCCAGCACAUCCACAGAAACGGCCACACAGAUUCACGAGAAAGCAUGAAUAUGAAAGAGAAUCCAUCUACGGGGGGCUCGUGACCCGAGACCAGAGGACGCAGUGUGGACAACAAAGAAAGAUAAGCUCAGAGAAAUGAAUGGACAUGCAGUCAUCUUACCCAGCAACAAGAUGCAGAGCUUCAUCCUGGCCUUGUCCAAGUAAACAAAGAGGGAGAGAGA